GGCGGUGUCGCCUCCAGCUGCACGAGGAUUUCUCGUCUCUUUUCCCCGGCGCGCGUGUGACCGACUCGAUCGCUCAAAAUGCAGCAAAAAAAGCAGAAGAAGCCUCAGAUUCAAUCCGUCCAGGUGUUCGGACGUAAAAAAACCGCCACGGCUGUUGCCUACUGCAAGAGAGGAUCCGGUCUCCUGAAGGUCAAUGGCAGGCCUUUGGAACUCGUCGAGCCCAAGAUGCUCCAAUACAAACUCCAGGAACCAAUCCUGCUUCUUGGCAAGGACAAGUUCCAGGAUGUUGACAUUCGUGUCAGAGUGAACGGUGGAGGUCAUGUUGCACAGAUUUAUGCCAUCAGGCAAGCAAUUGCCAAAUCUCUUGUUGCUUUCUAUCAGAAAUACGUUGAUGAAGCAAGCAAGAAGGAAAUCAAGGAUAUCCUUAUCCAGUACGACAGAACUCUCUUGGUCGCUGAUCCCAGGAGGUGCGAACCCAAGAAGUUUGGUGGUCCGGGUGCUCGUGCUCGUUACCAAAAAUCUUAUCGUUAAAACUUUUUUACGCAUUAUUUUUAUGCAAUAAAAAUAAGAAAUAAAUCUAAAACCCAGUAUUUUUUAUA